AUGCUUGUCCCUGGUGUCCCCCAGCCACCGAGAGUGAGGGCUGCUGCUCUGUGCCGAGGCCUGGCUCCAAGGAGGAUGCCCCAGCCGCCUGCCAGCUCCGGUCUACACCAUGAGUGAUGAGCGGCGGCUGCCUGGCAGUGCGGUGGGCUGGCUGGCAUGUGGGGGCCUCUCCCUGCUGGCCAACGCCUGGGGCAUCCUCAGCGUCGGCGCCAAGCAGAAGAAGUGGAAGCCACUGGAGUUCCUGCUGUGCACACUUGCGGCCACCCACAUGCUCAACGUGGCGGUGCCCAUCGCCACCUAUGCUGUGGUGCAGCUGCGGCGGCAGCGCCCUGACUAUGAGUGGAAUGAGGGCCUCUGCAAGGUCUUUGUGUCCACCUUCUACACGCUCACCCUGGCCACCUGCUUCUCUGUCACCUCCCUCUCCUACCACCGCAUGUGGAUGGUCCGCUGGCCCGUCAACUACCGGCUGAGCAACGCCAAGAAACAGGCUGUGCACACAGUCAUGGGCAUCUGGAUGGUGUCCUUCAUCCUGUCGGCCCUGCCUGCCGUCGGCUGGCACGACACGAGCCAGCGCUUCUACACCCACGGCUGCCGCUUCAUCGUGGCUGAGAUCGGCCUGGGCUUUGGCGUCUGCUUCCUGCUGCUGGUGGGUGGCAGCGUGGCCAUGGGUGUGGUCUGCACGGCCAUCGCCCUCUUCCAGACACUAGCCCGGCAGGUGGGGCGCCGGGCCGACCGCCACACCUUCACUGUGCCCACCAUCGUGGUGGAGGACGCGCAGGGCAAGCGACGCUCCUCCAUUGACGGCUCGGAGCCCACCAAAACCUCGCUGCAGAUCACGGGCCUCGUGGCCACCAUAGUCGUCAUCUACGACUGCCUCAUGGGCUUCCCUGUGCUGGUGGUGAGCUUCAGCAGCCUGCGGGCAGACGCCUCGGCGCCCUGGAUGGUGCUCUGUGUGCUGUGGUGCUCCGUGACCCAGGCUCUGCUGCUGCCCGUGUUCCUCUGGGCCUGUGACCGCUACCGGGCUGACCUCAAAGCUGUCUGGGAGAAGUGUGUGGCCCUCAUGGCCAACAACGAGGACUCUGAUGAUGAGACCAGCCUGGAAGGUGGCAUUGCUCAGGACCUGGUGUUGGAGCGUUCCCUCGACUAUGGCUAUGGAGGUGACUUUGUGGCCCUGGAUAGGAUGGCCAAGUAUGAGAUCUCUGCCCUAGAGGAGGGCCUACCCCAGCUCUACCCAGCGCAGCCCUUGCAGGAGGACAAGAUGCAGUACCUGCAGGUCCCGCCCACGCGCCGCUUCUCCCACGACGACGCAGAAGUGUGGGCAGCCGUCCCGCUGCCCGCCUUCCUGCCGCGCUGGGGCUCCGGCGAGGACCUGGCCGCCCUGGCACACCUGGUGCUGCCCGCCGGGCCCGACCCGCGCCGCAGCAGCCUGCUGGCCUUUGGCAAGGACGCGCCCCCGUUCCGCCCGCGUCGCCGCUCUGCCGAGAGCCUGCUGUCGCUGCGCCCCGCAGCCCUGGACGGCGGCCCGCACCGCGCCCACGACUCGCCCCCCGACAGUCCUGGCAGCCCGCACCGCCGCCCUGGGCCCGGCGCCCGCUCCGCCUCCGCCUCGCUGCUGCCCGACGCCUUCGCCCUGACCGCCUUCGAGCGCGAGCCGCAGGCCCUGCGCCGCCCGCCCGCCCCGCCUGGGCCCUUCCCCGCCGCGUCCCCGGCCCCGGUCGGCGCGGAGCCGGGCGAGGCCCCCACGGCCCCUGAAGGCGCCCAGCGGAGCCCGGGCCCGUGCCUGGCCGCGCAUGCGCACGCCGAAGCCCUGCGGACCGGCCUGAGCGCGUCAUGGGGCGAGCCCGGGGGCCUGCGCGUGGCGGGCGGCGACGGCAGCACCAGCAGCUUCCUGAGCUCGCCGUCCGAGUCCUCCGGCUACGUCACGCUGCACUCGGACUCGCUGGGCUCAGCGUCCUAAGACCCGCCGGCGCCUCUCCACGCACGCCGGGAAGGCCGGGCCGCCCACGGGGCACGGCACCAAAGACGCCACCUCGGUCCCGUGCGCAGACAUGUGCCACCCCUCCCGGGGGUGAGGGGACGGCAGCCUCAGCGCCUCUGACCUCCGGCUCCUCCCUGCCAGCAUUGCCCGAAGGGGUGGCUGCUGCCCUGGAUGAUUGCUGGGCAUGGCAUCCUUGGGGCACAGCGAGGCUGGGCUUGGGGUGC